CUGGGCGAGGAGGAGGAGGAGAAGGCAUGCGGACUAGGGGAGGCUCUCAGAAGAAGGGAGAUGGCGAAUGUCAAGGUGGCCCUGAGGGUCCGGCCCCUCAGCAAAAGAGAGCAUGCAGAAGGAAGAAGAAUAAUUGUAGAAGUUGAAGACAGAGUGGCAAAAAUAAAAAAUAUAAAGGUGGACAACAGGCAUGAGAGUCUUUGGGAUACAAAGGAGAGAAUUGUGGCAUUUGGCUUUGAUUAUUGCUAUUGGUCAGUUGACCCUGAAGAUCCCAAAUAUGCCUCACAGGAAGUGAUUUUCCAAGACCUUGGUACUUCAGUAUUAUCUGGUGCUUUUAAAGGAUACAACAUUUGUCUUUUUGCAUAUGGACAGACCGGUUCAGGAAAAACAUACACUAUGAUGGGAACACCAGCAUCCAUUGGAUUAACCCCUCGUAUAUGUGAGGGUCUGUUUUCAAGGGAAGAUGACUAUUCAAAACAGUCAACAUCAUGCAGAGUAGAAGUCAGUUUCCUAGAAAUCUAUAAUGAGCGUGUUCGAGACUUGUUAAGGCAAUCAGACCACAAGAAGCCAUAUACACUUCGUGUACGUGAGCACCCUGUGAUGGGUCCAUAUGUGCAAGGACUAUCUCAACAUGUGGUUACAGACUACAAACAAGUUGUUGGACUUCUAGAAGAAGGAAUAGCAAACAGAAUUACGGCAGCUACACAUGUUCAUGAUGCCAGCAGCAGAUCCCAUGCAAUCUUCACCAUCCAGUAUACUCAAGCUAUACUAUAUAACAAUCUGCCUUCUGAAAUUACAAGCAAGAUCAAUUUAGUGGACCUUGCAGGCAGUGAAAGAGCUGAUUAUAGUUACUGCAAAGAUCGAAUCACAGAAGGGGCCAACAUUAAUAAAUCAUUGGUUACUCUUGGAAUUGUUAUCUCUUCUUUAGCACAAAAUUCUCAGAUGUUCAGCAGCUGCCAGAGCAUAAACAGCAUAGCCAGUGAAGUUGAUAGCAGCCAUACAGACAAUCCCUGCGGAGCCAGUAUCAGCAGCCAUAGGCGGCAAGCGUACAUUCCCUAUCGUGACUCCAUUCUCACUUGGCUUCUAAAGGAUAGUCUGGGUGGCAAUUCUAAGACCAUUAUGAUUGCAACUAUCUCUCCUGCAAGCUCUUGUUACAAUGAGACCAUGAGCACCUUGCGAUAUGCCUCAAAUGCCAAAAACAUUAUUAACAAACCUCGAGUAAAUGAGGAUGCAAAUGUGAAGCUGAUUAGAGAAUUACGUGAAGAAAUAGAUAGAUUAAAAGCUAUGCUGAUGAACUUUGAGUUGAGGAAUGCUAGUCCUUCAUGGAGUGAUGAUAAAGAAGGAAAUCUAACAGAAUUAGUUCUUCAGAAUGAAAUUAAGAUUGAAAAGCUGACCAAAGACUGGACAGAUAAGUGGAUAAACAAGAAAGCUAUCAUGGAAGAAUAUAAUGUGGAUAUCAACAAGAAAAAGGCUGGCGUGGUGAUAGACUCAAGUUUACCUCAUUUAAUGGCCAUGGAUGAUGAUAUCCUUAGUACUGGAGUGGUGCUUUAUCAUCUCAGGGAAGGUACAACCAAAAUUGGAAGAAGUGAUUCAAAGCAGGAGCAGGAUAUUGUUUUACAGGGUCAGUGGAUCAAAAAGGACCAUUGCAUUGUAGACAACCAGCAUGGGAUUGUUACUCUGCAGCCUCUUCAUGGAGCACAUUGCAUUGUGAAUGGCCAUGAAGUCGCAGAUUCUGUCCGCCUAUCACAAGGAGCUGUUAUUAUUCUGGGCAAAGCGCACAAAUUUAGGUUCAACCACCCAGCUGAGGCUGCAAUUUUAAGACAAAGACGAUCAAUUAGUGACCCCUCAUCUGUGGUGAGCUGUAGAUCUCUUGACUGGCUAGAUCUGGAUGGAAAUUUCCCUUCACUUUCCUAUAGCUUUUCUCCACCUGAAACAAAAAGUGAACAGAGAGAGGCUGUGCAUAAAGAAUGCCAGCCAAAGCAGAAAAGCCAAGAAAUUCUCCAGAGAAACGAAAUUCAACAGCAGCAACUGUAUGUUGAAGAAUUACAGCAGCAAAUCUUGGAUGGAGAGAUUAAAGCAGAGCAAGAACUAGAACAUGAGCAAGCAGUAAUCAAUCAGCAGAUCAAAGAAAACCAGCAAUGGCUCAUUGAUGAAACGAAACGUCUAGCUGCCCAGCAGCAGCAGGAAUCUGCUGUGCAGACAGAUGCCAAAUCAUAUGCAGAAGCUGGAAUCCAGAAUAUAUUGGAAUCAGAGAUUGGCCCUUCUGUGACUGAGCAGAACAAGAAGAAAUUGGUACAGCUAGAACUUCUGCGAAAAUACUCUUUGAAGAAAGCAGAAAGACAUUUAAGUCGGAAGAAGGUUAAAUUGCAUUUGGAGAGGAUUGUGAAAAAACAAAAAUUGCUAGAAGCCAAGAAAAACUUGGAACAGUUAGAAGCUACAUGCUGGAUCAGUGAGGAUAAUGUGAAACACUCCAAGUCAUUGAACCAAGUUACCAGAGCCACUUCCUGGGACUACAAAUACUCAAACCCAGAAUCAAAUUCAAACUCCUUAAAAUGCAGGUGCAGUGCUGUUUUAAAUCCUCAGCUCCCCCAUUACAGUUUUUCCCUGAAGAGGGAUCCCUCUCAGUUAUCUACCUCAACGCCCAGCUAUGGAUGUCCUAAAGCCAAUUCACUAAGGAAAUCUUUAUCUAUAGAGAAUCUCCCUAGAACACUUAAUGAUCCUUCUAGAAGAGACAGCAUUCAUGAUGAAAGAGAUGGCUCUUGCACAGCCCAGGGACAGAUAAUAAAGAAUCAGAAGUCAUUAUAUUUUAGAAAUAAAGGGAUAGUGGAACAUAAUAGUACUAAUAGAGAAAUUAUUUCUCUUAUCUGUCAAGAUAACCAAACAAUGGAGAAAUCUAAUAACAAACCGAGGCAAACCAGAACUAAAUCCCAUAUUCCUAAAUCCACUUCUCCUGACUAUUUCAAGAGAAAGUGUGACCCUGAAACUGUGAAACAAGGAGCUAAAGCAAAGGCACCAGGGGACUCAAAUCACCACUCAGAGAAGAACCUAGGAAAGAGUGAAUCUCUGGAAGGUAGUAGAAACGUAAGAAGAGAUAAAAGAAAGAAACACCAGAGUUCACUCCCAGGAAAUUCUAUUCAGGAUUUUAAAAAAUCAACAGUAAGUGGCAAACCACCAUUACAACAGCUAAGUCAAACAGCAAAGAAUGUGAAAAGAAAUACAAAGGACAGUUCAUCAGUGGACGAACCUAAAAUCCUAAAGGUAGCAACUUCAGCAAGAAGUCUUACCAAUAUAAACACACCCAUACCACUCUGUCAUAGUGAAAAAAGAUGGCACAGUGCUGAACUACUGAAUGUUGGAAUCUCAAAAGGAGUUCAUGGCCCACUGAGGAGCUGGCAAGAAGAUGAAGACCUAGAGUUUUCCGAUACAGAUAGUAAUUAUUCUGUGGAUUCUCUUUCAUGUGCUAAUGCUAAAGUCCUGACAGAGCCACUGACUCAUGAGGAGGAAUCAACUGAAAUUGACACUGUCAACCUGGAAGAUUCUGAAAGUGAUGACAGCCAGAUGUCUCAAGAUUCACUUACAGGAAAAAUAAAUAAAAGUGAAAGCCAAGGUGUAAUGCAUGUUCCUGAAGUUCACAGAGAAGAUACUAAAUUUUGCAAAGACAAUAAUUAUCAGCCUCUCUCACUAACAGCAAACAUUUCUGUGUCAGGCAGUAAUCUGACUAUGAAUGAGCGAAGCUUUUCUCUUGAUAGUCUAGGUGAUGCGGAUGAACUGUCAGGAGAAGAAUCAAAGGUAGAGUCAUGCGAUGAAGUUCCUGCAGAGCUUUUUUGGAAGAUGCAAAAUCUAAGUUCAGAAGCAAUAAAGAGUGACAAACAGCACAAUCCUGAGACCUGUAGUGAAACUAUAAUAUCUGAUUAUUUGAAUCUGAAUACUAGUUCUUCUUUUUAUCUGGAUGCCAGUGGACAGCAUAGUUCUAGUAGUCCUUGUGACCAAUCAGUAAAAGAGAUGAAAAUCAGUUUUUCAGGACAAGCCGGCUUACUUGAUCAAAUAUCACACUCUAUUGGUGAAAAUCUUCCAGUUUUGCCAGAUGCUUGGUUGUCCUAUGACUUGAAAAAUGGAAAGAGUAGCCCCAUAAUAGCAAUGCCUUCUUCCCAAGAUCACACAGAAUUUCGGGUUGCUCAGCUACAUCCUGUUAACAAAUCAUGGAUGAAGAAAGAUGAUUUAAGGCAGUCAGCUGCUGAAUUAUCAUUUAUCUCUUGUUACAAAAAGCCUUACUGGGUUUCUCAGGAGCCAAACAGUAUUGAAAUGCUACUUUCAUCUGCAACACCAUCAGUACCUUUACCAGAAACAAGGAAAUAUCUUGAGAUUGAUGCUCUGGGAGCCACAUCAUCACUGUCUCUUUCUACAUUUCCUACAAAACAUAGUUACUGUGCUCCCUCUUCAUUUAAGUCUGUUUGUCAGCAACUUGAUUUCUCAGAGCCUGGAUCUACUGGCGAAUGGAAGCAAACACCUAGCUAUUUGAAAGAAGCUUCAGGGACAGAUGGUUCAUCUCAAAUAUCAGAUAAACAAAGUCUUUCUGAUUCUUCAGUCUAUCCUGAGAUUUCCAAGGAUCAAGGAUUUAAAAAUAACUCAUUAAUUUCUGUACCAAGUACUCUCUCUUCACAGAAAGGAGAAAUGUAUUUGAAUACUAAUUUUGAAGAGUGCCUCUUUAGAACUAUUGAAAAAGGGGAUGAUUAUGACUCUGAUAGCAGUGCAAGGGACUCAAAGGUACUUGAGUUAAACCAUGUAGAGAAACUUGUCAACUCAUUACCUGAUGAAUCUCCUGACUUGACUUCAGUGUGUUCAACAAAUGGCAGCUAUAAAGACCCUGAAUAUUUGUUUUCAAAUGAUAAAACAUUAUUUAAUGAUGAAAGUUUCUACCUGUGUGACAAAUUAAGCAAGCAUACUAAUGAUGGAGGGAAAUGUCUUGCUGACCAAAUGUAUUUGCUGAGAUGUGGUGAAAAUAAUACUGAGGUGGUGCAGAAAAGAUGCCAGCAGUUAUCUGCAGAAAAAGUUGUCACAGAAAAUCAGUUGUAUCAGUCUAAGACCACAGCUUUUAACCACAAUGAUCAGUUUGCUCUACCAGUGGAAACAUCUGAGACUGAGAAGGUCAGUAUGCAAGAGAACAGAGAUGUCUUAACAGAAUCUGCAUUAGAGGUCCCCUCAUUUAGAGAGGUAGAAGAAGAAAAAGGUCAAUAUGAACAAUGGAGUUUAAAAAAUGAUGCUGAAUUUCAAACUAAAGUCUUACUUAGCAAUUCCCAUGCAGUUUUAAAAACUGGCUAUUCUGGAAACAGCUUUAGUGAAGGGAAAGAAGAUUCAGGUUUGCAUAUGCUCUUUAAUGAAAACGAUUGCUCCAGAAAUGAUAGAGUUGUAUCAACCAUGGCCUCCCAAGAACAGAAUCUUCAUAUGAAUAAAGAAUCUGAAUAUGACAAAGAUAGAGUUGUUACUAAAGCCUUUACUGCCUGUGAGGAGAAUAAAGGUGAACAUAAUUGUAAGACAAUAAAUUCUGAAGAACUCACCAAAUUAAUAAAUAGUGUCAAUAAGUUGGAAUGUGACAUUUUGGAAAUGAAAUAUAAUCAGAAUAAAUGCUUGCAGAAUUUUCUUAGAAUUGACUCUCAAAGUCGAACUGUAGAGAAUAUGGCAGUGUCUGAGAGCUGCAAUUUGGUUCAGAGGCUUGGUAGUGAUCAUGAGAACGGUUGUAAGAAACUAUUGAGCGUGACAAAUGAAGAAAUAGAUAAAGGGGGAAUCCAGUUGAUCAAUGUUAACAAAGAAAAACCAUGUGUAUCAAAAAUAGCAGUGGAGAAGGAUACCAGCAUUCAGACAACUGGCGUUAGUUGUAAUGAAAUCCAAGGAAAUUCAACAGAAAGCAGUUGUCUGGCAGACAUAAAACAAGACCCUGAAAAUACUGUACAAGGUGUGCUUCUUAACUCAACUGUUUUAACUCACAGUGUAUUAGACUUAGGUGACUCAUGUGAUGAAUCUACUGAAGUUGACCAGACUAUAGAAAACAUACUCUUCUAUGAACCCAGAGCAUCAACAAUAAUCAUUGAGCACAGGGAAGAGAACACUUUAAACAGCAGUGAAGAAGGUAAAAAAGAAAUUACAAACAAUGAAAUCAGUUUAAUAGAAAGUUUGAUAAUGUACCCUAAGACUGCGCAAGAGAAGGAAGUUGAUGUGGGCAAGGUUUGUUCUCAAAGAUCAGAUGAAGGGGGAAAUGAUGCAGUAGAAAAUAAAGAAUUUGUGAAUUCAAAGUUAACAGAAUUGUACACUGAUGAAAAUGUUGUAUUGUUUCAAGAGAAUCCAGUCCAUGCUUUUAUGAAUUCUGAUAAUGACCUUAACAGAACAAAUCAAGGUGAUACUGAAAAUCCAGAAACAGACUUUUCUGUUCCUAAAUUGGAAGAAAAGGAGAGUGUAUAUCAAUUAGCAGAAGCAGCACGUAUUUCUGCUGAUGAAACAUAUGAUGAUGAAAGAUCGACAAGUCUUUGCAGUUACAUGGGUGUCAUGAAGGAAACACUGAAAGAUAAUUGUAAAGAUGGUGGUUCAGAUGAUUGUAGAGCUAUAACUAAUCAGUGUAUAAUCAGUGAAGAGUUCAGCACUGUUGGGAAUAUUAAUGCAUAUAAAUCUUCCUGUACAAAUUAUCUUCCUAACAUUAUGCCAGAACACUCAAAUGUAAAUUUUGCUGAUCUAGACAUUUAUAAAUGUUUGCCUUCUAACUCUUUGCCUAAGGAGAAAGAGACGACACAUCCAAUAACCCCAGUAAAAUUGACUACAGCAGAGUUACUGGGCCAAGGUAUCAAUGCACAAAGCUCAUACACUUUUAAAACAGUAAAGGAAAGGGAAGAAUUAGAAGAAAAUAAUGAAAAUUCAGAAGCUGAUAUUUUACAAACUGAGGUUCUAUCUGAGAACAAAUAUAGUAAUUUAUUUUCAAAUAGUAGAACCAUGUUAAGUGAGGUAUUGGAAGAAAAGGAAUGGGUACCUCAUACUUUUUCAAGGAAUAAAGCUAAUGUUAUAGAUGACUCAAUACCUAGUGGCCACACAAACCUACCACAAAGUACAAACCAAGACUGUGACUUGUCUUCGGUGGUUGUUAAAAGCUUUCCUCAUCAGCUUGCAUAUAGUCAUUCUUUUCCUACAAUAAUUACAAAUGAAGGAAAUAUGAAGAGAAGUCCCUCUGUACCAAGCAGCCCUGCAGUGCCAUCAAGCAAUGAUACUAGCAGUGAAGUACUUCUACAGUACUAUGAAACACAAGUAGACAGUACCUUGGAGGCUGGAAUAUUGUCUAUAGGAGAAAUAAAUAAUUCACCAUCUGACACUGUCAAGCAAAAUAAAUGUUUUACAUUUCUUCCUGAUAAGAUGCAACAGGAUGGAAAGGUGAAGGAAGACUCAGUAUCCAAUAAAUUAGCUAGUUUUACUGCACUUGAGCAGACUCCUGUUAAAGAUUAUGCAUGUUCAAAAUCAAGUACUACAGAAUGCCUUGAAUCACUAGUUAGUGAUUUUGUGCAAAACAAAGCAAUUAUUCCCAAAAAGCUGAUCUCACCUGGAAGUACAAGCUGUGAUAUGGGCAGAUCUCAUAGCGAAUACAACAAAGGAGAGGACAGUUGGUCAGAACAGGGUUUAAAUUCAUUAAACAUACUUCAGAAUGAAAGUACUAGAUCAGACUCAGAUGUACCCCCUUUAAUAUUAAGUGAAAAUAAAGAGGAACUAAUAGUUUCAUUACCUGUGCUGUCUUCUCAAGAUGAUUUUAAAAAUGUUACAAGUCAAAAAGAAUUACAUUUGUUACAACAAUAUGAUCAGAUACAACAACACUUAGAUAAUUGCAUUAAAACAGAAUGCCAAACAAAUAGUGAAAGGUUCACUGGAGAAUUAGGAAGCCAGGAAGAAACCACUGAAACUCUUGCAAGCAAGUCUUCUCAGGAUCUCUGUGUGGGACACUCAAAUGAUAUUGGGGCAACAUCUGAAGAGGGAGUGAAUCUUUCAGGGCAUUCUGACCAAGCCCUAUGGGGAAAUGCUCAUUAUGGUGAAGACAGUGCUUCAGGAUGCAAUAUUAAUUCUUACAUUUCUGAAUACUCUGCUAGUCACUGGAACAGUUCAACAACACUUCCAAAUUUUUUGUUGGAAUGCCAUAUAGACAAAUAUAAAGCCAAUGAUCUUUAUUUUGAAGAAAGCAAAUAUUUGGACUCAAUUUUUUUUGAUGUUCCUAUCCUAACAGGAACUGUCCAACAAGACAGAAAAAUUACCAGUCACUGUGAUUGCACAAAAAACAUUCAAGGAAUGAUAGAAGUGAAUCAGAACAAAAAACAAGGUCAAGAUUAUUUCCCCAAAUGUCUGCAUAAGCUAGAAAACCAUGUGUCUUCACAGUUGGAGAACUACAUGGACAGGACAAAAAUAGGAUUUGUAGAAGGAAAUUUGCUUACUCAACAGAGUUCGAAACAAACAAACAGUGAGGAAAUAAUACUGUCCUCUUCAUGUUCUGUGGGAGAUCCAUCUACUUCUGUUGUGCUUAAAAAUGCAGGUACUCCGGAGUCUUCAACAUCCCCAGAAUGCCUAACGUCUUCAAUACGUAGACUGUGUGUUGACUCACAAGAAGAUGCUUUUUUGGCUCCCUGUUCUUCAGCUGCAUUUAGAGUACCAGAAAAUCAGAUGUUUUGUCAUCAGGCUUUUCAAGAUAUCUCUUUCUUGUCUUCAGAAACCUGUCUUACCUAUGACAUGAGCCAUAGUGAAACUGAAAGGCACACCUCCCUAUGUGCUACUACAGCAAGCUGUCCAUCACUUGCUACUAGUCAAAUGCAGGAAAGUCAGUGUGAUAAUUCUGAGAUGCUUGACCAGCAACUGUGUGCUUCAGAAACAACUUCUCUUUCUCUUGUAAAAGAAAAUACAUGUAUGCCACUAACUGACAAUAAAUCUAGCUCUCAGAGAAACACUUCUUCAGAUUGCAGUGGCUGUAGUAAAUUUAAAUCUGAGCAAAUCUUCCAGGAAUCAGGAGUUUGUCGAAGGAAUACAGCUCCCCUGCAAAAGAGUUUUUCAGAAGACUUUGUCAAAACUUCAUAUCACACGUUAAAUUCAAACCAUGAUAUAAAAGGAGAUCAAAAUACAUCACAAGUGGAUAACCAGAGUGGUAUAGUAAAUAUCCCUACCAAAGAUACAGAUAAUAAUUACAUAAAUGCAUGUGAAGUGAUGAAGAGGAAGACAGAUCAGCCAAACAGUACAGUAAUAAAUGACAGCAUGUCUUCCAAAUAUUUAUCAGGUAGCACCUAUUUGACUAUGCAAGAAGAGCCUGCAGCAGAAAUGCUUGGGAAAGAAAAUACAGUUUUUACUUCAGAGAGUGCAAAGAGAAGCAAGGAAGAUGGGCAGAGGCCAGGUUUACAGUCUCACAGUUUAUCAGCACCAACUAUUGUGGUAAUGUUUAAUUCUGAAUUUGCUUCAGAAACUUCUGAAGCUGACUUUUCUGAACGUUCUGCUUCAAAAUCAUUACAGGAGUUGAAUAUGAGUGUUGAGCCCUCAUCUCCAACUGAAGAUAAUCUGUACAAAAUUGAAAGUGAAUCAAAAUUAAAAGCAGACGGUGUUCUCCCAAAUAAAUGUAAACCCAGAUUUCAGAAAAAAUCAACUCAAGCCCACCACUCUAGUCACUGUGAUGGAAGAAAUGGUAGAGAACGAAUUCUGAGAAGUCACUCUUCAGAUCUCUCCCCUGUUCACUGUCCAAUAGCUGUUGUUCACUCCACAAACAAUUCUGUAGACAGAGAAACAAGGAAGUGCUCACAUAAUGUUAAUUCAGCACAUGAAUAUAACUUAGGUGAAAGUGAAAGACUAAGACCUCAAAUGGACACAACAGACAAACUACUCCAAGACAAUAAAGAUGUAAUGCAUUUUAGUUCAAGUGAUAUCAACCCUUAUAUUCACCCAUGGCAGCAAGAUGAACACUGCAAGAUUGGUUGGAAACAAUAUGUUUUUGGAAGUGCAAGUGAUGUCUCCAGUAACCCACCCCCACUAAAUCUGGAUAAUCAAAUGGUUAUGAGAUGUUCUAGUGUAGAUAAUGGCUUGAAUUCUCAAAACUCUCCUUUCCAUUCUCACCUCAGUUCUUACGCUAAUGCAAGAAUGUUGUCCAGCACCAUAAGUAGUACAGAAGAUGUCCAAGGAUGGGACGUUGCAAGAGAAGGCUUUAAAAUUACUCAUUCAGAUGAAAGUGGCAAACAUUACACCAAUGUUUCUCAUGAUGAACUUGAAACAACUCAGGAAAAAAACAUUUCAUAUUGUGAAAAUGUUCUUUCAGAUGUGAGGUGCUCCCAGCAGUCUGGAGGCACUCCCUUGCAAGUUGAUGAAAUUGUUUUACUUUACCCUUCUGAAUCAGAUAUAUCCCCCAGUAAAUCAAAUGUAGUACUCACUUGUGAACAGGAAACACAGACAGAGGCUCCACCAAGACAUAAAAGACAGAAGAGGCACCGCAGAAGUUACACGGAUAUAUCUGCAAGAAAAACUGAGCCGGGCAAGGGAUCAGUCCAACAACCUUCUUCUUGGUCAAGCGUGCAAAAUCUUUCCAUGCACCUUUCACAGCUGCUUCACAACACUUCUGAACUACUAGGAAAUUUGUCCUUACAAACAGUGAAAGAUAGUGAGCAGAAUGGCCAUAAAGCAACUGAAGAGACCAUAAGAGCUGCCAUGUCUAACAGCUGUACCCAAACAACAGAAGACAUAGGUAUUCAAACUAAUAUUUUAGGACACUCUCAAAGUGAAAUCAAGGAAAGACAUAUCCGUACUAAUGUGGGAAAUGAACUGAUGAAGUCUCAGGAGGUAAAUGUUAUUGUGAAGUUAGUGCAUUCAGAUACUGCAGCUCUGACUAAAGAAAGAAUGUCAGAAAGCAAAGGAGAGAUACCACAUCCUACUGAUGCUCAAGAAAAUUUUUGUAUUUCUCAGUCUACCCUAAAGCAAAGCUCCAGUUCAUUAUCAGAAGUGCCAAAAAUGUCAUUAAAUGUUCCACCAGCACUUGCUCUUGGUAAACCCAAAGUUUCUCCUAUUACAUUAUCUUCAUUUGGUUCUAAACAUGAGUCUACUGUAGCUAAUUGCCCUGCCUCCACUUUUUCUCAGUUCCCAGCAUACUACUCUCAAGAUAAACAACUUGCUGCUAAAACUAGUAGUGCAGACACAAAAGAGUUUUACUCUAAGAAGAGCUUGCUAGUUGACCGAGCCUCCUCCCCAAUUUUGACACUUAGUGCCAGUACAAUCAACCACCAAACUUUAUCAGACAAAUCCACCUGUUCUUUUAAAGGAAGUGUUGGACAACAAGUGGAUACUGCUAAUUCACAUACCAGUUUCAUUAAAAAUGGAGCAGGGCCACAGUAUAGCUUGAAUUCUUGGGAGUCACUUGUAGAUACUUCUUCACAAACUGAAGUAGAGAGUGAGUCUACCGCAUCUAGAGAGAGUAAUGAAAUGUGCAAGAUAACUAGAAAGGUUUUGGAUAAGAAUACAGCAAAAGAGCUUGAUUCAAGGAGCUUAGAUGAUUCAGAACAAAUGCACAGGUUUACCAUUAACACACAUACUGCAGUUCACACCAAAAGACUCUAUCAUUCAAGCAGCACUUUAGAACUUUCUAGUCAUGGUGACUUUUUAGUGGAUGAUCACAGAGAAACCAUUCCAGUGGAGCAUUCCUUUUGUCAGAUGAUAGACACAAGAAGGGCAAGAAAUUUCUCAGAUGGAAUCAACUAUGAUAGCCCUGCUAGAAAUUCUGAAUACUCACCAAGUAAAAAGUCUAUUCAGAAGUCUUUAAAUGAGAAGCAUACACCUUCAUUUUUAAAAGGUGAAUGGGCCACUGAUUGUGUGCUUGAUUCUCCACAAUUCAAUCAGAGAAAUGAAAAAUGCUGCCCUUUUUCAAAGUCUGAAAUGAAUGAUAUGCAAGAUAAUAAUGAUGCAGAUGAUGACAUUGAUAACAGAUCUGAUACUGAAAGUGAAUGUAAUACUGAAAUCCUAUUAAGUGAAAAUACCUCCUUGGUGAAGACUCAGAGACUUCGAAGCUAUAGUCUUCGUGACCUGCCCCUGCACAAUAAAUUCAGCAACUGGUGUGGGGUGAAGGGAGGUCCUCACUCUUCUUUAACCAGCCUAACUCGGAGUGUUAAUGAUCUCCAUAGCCAGGCAGAAAGGAAGACAAUGAACACAAGAUCUACUGAAAUAGAAGAAAGAUCCCUGUUGAGUGAAAGGAGGGCUAGAGAGAUUGAGAGACUGAGAAAAGAGCGUGCCCAGAUUAUGUCUGGCAUACAUUUAGAUAUGAAUCAACAACCUCUUACUGUGGAACUCACUGAAGCAAAGCUAACUUAUGGCAUUGGGGAAACAGAUGCACAACUGAGGAUUCUUCAGAGUGGAGUAGGGGAGGAUUUGACAUCAAUACCCAUAAAACAGCAACUCUAUGAAAGACACAGAAAAUCAAUCCAAACAUUGAGAAAGCAGAGAGAGGAGAGACUUCAAUGUUUCAGAAGGAGUCGUAGUCUAAGUCCACAGAAGCAUCAUAGUCUUUUGCAGAUACAGGACACAAAUCAGCGAGAGAUCGAUCUCCCUAGCCGACGCCGUGAAUACCUACAGCAAUUGAGACGAGAUGUGGUGGAAAAUACAAGAGUUCAAGAACCAAAAAUGAGAAUCCAGCAUCCCUCAGAGAUUGAGCUGUUGCUUCGAGAUUAUCAGAGGGCCCGAGAGGAGACUAAAUCAGAAAUUGCUCGUGCACGGGACAAACUUCGAGAAAGAGCUGAGCAAGAAAAGAGACGUAUUCGAGAGCAGUUACAUUCUCAACUGCACAAGGGAGAAGCUAAAUUGAAGACUCUUGCAAGCACAAGUACUUUGUGCACAGACUCCACCCUCAGUUUGUCUUCAGGGCCCACAUCUGGCUAUAAUAGUAGUAAUGCAGCUACUUCUGCUACUAGUACAAUUAGCAAACACGAAGACCAGACUUCUUCUGAAGAUAUUGAACAGUCAAGAGAAGGUCCAAGAGGUCGCUCAGCUGUCAGGAAUCAUCAGCUUUAUGUACUUGAACAAUGGAAAAAGCGUUCUUCAUGUGAGAUUUUUCCUAUGACCUCUUCAACCAUGGAGAGGAGCAAUAUCCUCUCAUCACUGGCUUCCAACCAUAUGUAUUCUCAUAGACUAAAUGUUUCACCAAGCACCUUUCCAGCCUCUCCUAUGAAAGGAUUUGAAGAUAUGUCCAAACAUGUCUUGGCUAAUGCUACUGCAGAGGUUAUGGCGGUGUGUUCAAAUGACUUGAAGAAUCUUUACAAUGGCCAAGCAACUGCUGGUUGGAAAUACCAAUGUGUGGAGAAGGAUGUUCUGGUUUAUUAUAAAGGAUUUUCAUCAUGUGCAACAAAGCAUGGCUUUUUGGGUGCAGGAGUGAUCAAGAGACCUCUGUCCACUGUUUUAUGUAUGCUGAAGGACGCUAGUAAAAGACAUUUGUAUGAUAAAACCAUUACCACGGCUCAAGUACAUAAAAAAAUAACGAGCAAUAUUGAGUUAGUGUAUGUGGUGAGUGACGUUUCUUUGUGUUACCAAAAGCAACCAAGAGACUUCUGCUGCAUUUCUGUAGAAGCCAGAGAGGAGAAUGUGUGCAUCCUAGCUAUUCAAUCUGUUUAUGAAGAAUCUAUGCCUCGUCCUUGUAAAGACAUGGUACGAGGAGAGAUCUUGCCCAGUGCAUGGAUAUUGGAGCCUGAUACAGUGAAUGGAAAGGACAUCACCAAAGUGAUCUAUAUGGUACAGGUUGACCUUGGUGCCCCAGCCAUUCCUGCAAGUCUUCUGAGCUCUGUUGCCAAGAGACAACCUUUGGUGAUUGCUAGGCUUGCUCACUUUCUGGCUAGUUAGGUAUGUGUGAUACACACUGUCCACAAAUUCAUGAAUUUCAGUAAGAAAAUGUAAAUACCAGCAAUGCCUGAAUCUGUUUUCAAAAAAGCUCUAGAAUUGGAGAGAGGAAGGCCUAAGAAAGCUCACCAGACUACACAAAGGAGCAUCCACUUUAUAGACGCUGUACCAAGAAACCAAACACUGCCAAAGGGCCAAGUCCUUUGAUAGAGCUUUCCUGUUCUGUCCUUGAGAAAAGGGACACUUUUACACAGUGGCCAAAUGAGUUCCUUUCACAGACUACCAACACUGACUGAAAUCUUAUUACAAGAAUUUACAAUUUUAAAAUGAAAUUUUCUUCAAUCAGAUUACUGGGAAACUGCUGGUACAGUAUGACACAAAACCACCUUGAACUUUUUGACAGGUAUUUUUUAUGGACCACAUUGAAGCAAAACUACUGUAAUUCUCUUUGUAAUGUGCCCAACUAAAAGUGUGGUUCUAAAUGAAGAACUCGUUGUAAUAAUCAUUGUACAAAAUCAACUUUGCAACUUAGACAACCUUCCAAUCCUCUCAAGGUGAAGUAAGGUAUGUGAACCUCUAGGCAUUUAACAAAAAAAUUGUUGAGGUAUUAAGACGAAACAAAGCUCAGGCAGAGACACAGUAUUCUACAAAAUCACUGUAUCAUAGGCCCAAGUGCUCAAACUGGAGAAACCAAAUUGGCAGCUAUAAAAGCAGAGCAGACACACUAGUUUACUGCAUAGUUUACAAUGUAACAACUGUUCAAUGACUUCUGAAUUGGGACUUUUGUGCACCUCAAAUUCAUCUGUCACUAAAAGAGCCCUAGAACAGAUAAAAUAAAUAUGCUUAUAGUAGGAUAAAUCAGUGGUUUUACACUAGGCUGAAAUGGUUUAGGGUUUCAUUGCUGCACUUAUUAGGAGUUCAAAUCUGAACUUUCCCUACAUAUUUAACAGUACUUCACGUUAACCAUUCUACUGUGUAAACUGCAUUUGCUUUGCAGUUCAACUCAAUUCUGAUGUCAGUUCUGGAUUGUUAUAACCAACCUGAUUCUAUCAGAUAAAUUACAUUUUUUAAAAAAUGUGUCUCAUCCAUAUUCUCUUACCUCUCCUAUAAACUAGUGUUUAAAAGCAUGUUUUAUUCAUAGGGAGGUGUCUGAUAUUCAGCAGAUUGUUUCUAAAAACAGCAGCUAAGAAACCCAAGUAGAAUAGCGCUGUAUAUUUUGACAGCUACUGCAUCAUUUUCUGCCAGCCUGCUUUUGUUAGUUAGAAGCCUGCUUCUUGAGCUUAGUGUCUCUCCAACAAUGUUAUAUCAAGAGCCGUUUACUGCUUCCAACGUAUUUGCAACAUUAAGUGUGAGCAACAGAGAAAAUACUUGAUUUUGAACAACUUUUCUUCACUGUACUGCACAAUUCCUGCUGUGAUUAAUUCAGUGAAUAUUAUCAUGAGCUACUACAUAGUUGUUGUUUCUCACAAUAGAUAUGAAGCAAUGACCACAGCUGUGAAAGAGUGAAAAGUACACAAUUUUCUGUUGACAUUGUUGGUGUAUGAUAACACUUCAGCUUAAUAAUUGCUACAGAGUAGUUAUGGCAGCUAAUGGCAGGAUUCCAAUGGCUAUGUACAGACACCACGGUGUUUCCAUAUCUUCCCUGUGCUACUGCUAUGGUAUGUAAUAUAGCACACAAAGGAGGGAAAACUUCCACCUCCUCAUGAGUAUGUGGAAGUGCCUUUGACUCUGGGAUACCAGUCGACUAUGGUUUGGCGGCGUUUUAUUUUUUUUAAAUGGGGUUGGUAAUCCAUUUCAAACCUCAGUAAUUCACAAAUCUAGCUGGAGACCCUGUGAAACUUUCAGCAGCACAAUUCGAGCUGCAAUCCAAUACACAUUUACUUGGGAGUAGUUUUACUGAAUUGAUUAUGAUCCACUUUUAAAUAUGGAUAUGAUUGAGCUGUUAAUCCAUCUGUAAGUACAGAAACAAAGCACACAAGUUUCAUUUUAUGACUGACAGAAAUAAAAGUAAGGUUUGCCGAGUGAUAGCAACUGCUACCUUCCAUCAUCUAGAAUACUAGUUUUGCAGUCCAUUGAAUUUGGGGGGGAAGGAGGAUUGUGCACAGUAGCAGCAAUCACAAUAUUUAAGAUGGGAAGUAUUAACUGAUUUAGGAUAUCUUUCCAAUUAUUAUUGGAAACAGUAUUAUUAUUGGCUGAGUAUUUGCUGUUAGUUUAUUUUUCCCUUUAUUUUGGGGGGUUUGGCACUCUGUUAAUGAAGAGGAACAACAUCUAAGAUGGACUUUACUCUUAACACAGAUGGUGCCUACUGAAGGAUGUCUUAUUGUACAGUGCAUCAGAUGUUUAUUUUUAUAACUGCAUAUAAUUGUUUUCUACGUUUACAAAUUAAGUUAUUUAUAUAAGCUUAUUUUGAGAUGAUUUUAUAUGCUGAAGCUAAUUAUUAUUUUUUAUAGGUAUUCAAUUAAAGUAUGCUUUUUAGAAAUAACUGAUAUUUCAAAAAUACUAUUUAUAUAAUAAAUGUUUUCCUUUGCACCUGUAACACUAUGGUACCUGUGAAUGCCUCAAGUGGGAAGAAUAGUCUUAAAAGUGGGACAAAACUAUUUUCUGUAAAAUCUUCUACUAAAUGUGGUAGAACACACCCGUUUACUGUAACAUGCCUUUAGCCCAUAUCUGCUUUUAACCAAGAUUGCUAUUUUCAUAUCCUCACAAUAAAUAAUUUUUAUAUAUAGAAAAGGA